AUGCUGGCCAACAUCAGCAGGAUGAAGACGACAGCACUGCUGGCCGCUUGCUGCUUCACUACUGGUCAAGCAGCCUCAAAGGCGGAGUACUCCAGCCAUGCCCUCGACGCGACGAAUGUCCUCAAUGACAUUUGGUACGAUCCUUCGACUGGUCUCUGGCAGGAUUUGUGGUGGCAGAGCGCUAGCAUGAUCGCUUCCUUGGCCAACUUUGCUAGCUUGGACAGGGGAAACUAUUUCCCGAUGGUCAACGACAUCUUCGAAACCACCUUGGCAAAUGCCAUGUCGGCGGGCAUCGCCGGCAGUUAUGACACUUUCUUCAAUGACUACUACGAUGACGAAGGCUGGUGGGCCAUGGGUUGGAUUCGCGUCUAUGACCUUACGGGUGACGCCAAGUACCUCGACACCGCCCGCAAGAUCUUCACCGACAUGCAGACCGGCGAAGACGCUACCUGCGGCGGCCACUGGUGGUCCAAAAAGAAAGAUGCGAAUGUUGCCAUCGCCAAUGAGCAGUACAUGGCCGUGGCAGCGUCACUGGCGAACCGCAUUCCCGCUCAGAAGUCCAUGUACGCAGACAUUGCCACGGGAUCGUACGACUGGUUCAUGGGCAGCGGUCUCAUCAAUGGGGACAACACCGUCACCGACCACCUCAACCUCGCGACCUGCGAGCCUGAAGGCAACGUGUGGUCGUACAACCAGGGCGUGAUUAUUGGAGCCUGCCUCGAGUUGAACCGACUCACGUCCGACGGGAAGUAUCUCGACACCGCUUCCCGCAUCGCCCACGGUGCCAUUGACCACCUGACUGGCCCCAAGGGCAUCCUCACUGACUUCGCCUCCGAGGCCCCCAUGGACAUUACGAGUGCGCAGUUCAAGGGCGUGUUCGCACGCAACUUGAGGCAACUGCAUUCGGUAGCGCCGGAUGCUGCGUAUGUGAGCUUCUUGCAAAACAACGCAGAUACGCUCUGGAUCCAGGCCAGGCAAUCAGAUGGGCAGAUUGGACCGGAGUGGGCAGGGCCGUACAUUGAUGCGACCGCCCCGAGUCAGAGCUCGGCUUUGGAUUGCCUUGUCGCUGCUGCUGCCGUGAGUUAG